UGGUAAUCCUAGCUACACACGUGUUUCUAACCUCAUUGAUUGAGAAAAGUUUUGUGUAUAAAUAUUCACGUUUUUAUUAAGUUAUUAUAAACAAACAUGGUGCGAAAAUUAAAAUAUCACGAGAAAAAAUUAUUAAAGAAAGUUGAUUUUAUUUCCUGGGAAGCGGAUAACAAUUUACAUGAAGUCGAAAUCUUAAGACGUUUUAGAAUUCAGAAAAGGAGUGAUUAUACAAAAUACAAUAAAUUGUCUCGUCAAAUUCGAGAAUUAGGAGAGAAAAUUAAAGAGCUUGAUGCUGAUAAUCCAUUUCGCAUAGAACAAAGUGCAAUGUUAUUGGAGAAAUUAUACAUAAUGGGUUUAAUAUCUCAUAAAUCUGACUUAUCCCUUACGCAAAAAGUACAUGCAAGUUCAUUUUGUAGAAGACGAUUGCCAGUUAUCAUGGUUCGUAAUAAAAUGAGUGAAAAUAUAAAAUUGGCAACCCAGUUUAUCGAACAAGGGCAUGUUAGAGUGGGAACAGAAUUAAUAAAAGAUCCAGCAUUUUUAGUAACAAGAAAUCUUGAAGAUUUUGUAACAUGGGUCAAUACAUCUGCCAUUAAAAAGCAUAUUAUGGAAUACCAUGAUGCUAGAGAUGACUACGAUAUGAUGUAAUGAAUAAGCACAUAAAAUAAAAUUGUUUUUAUAUUUUCAAAUAAAUAAGUUAUUGUUUCUAUU